UUAGAAGCAAUAUUUCCUCCUCAGUGUCACGGCGCUGGACUCCGUCUGUCUCCAUUCUGACCCGAAAUUAAGGAAUUAAAUCCAUUUUCAUUUCAUUACAAGACGGCCCUUCCAUUGAGCUCCACGAUGAUGGACAUUGAGGUGCCUGACAUACUUCCCAGUCAACAGGACAUGGAGCUGAUCGACAUCCUCUGGAGGCAGGACGUGGACCUGGGCGCCCGGCGGGAGGUGUUCGACCAGAACCACCGGCAGAAGGUGCACGCCCUGCAGCGGCGGAGCGAGCAGGAGGAGGAGAAGAAGCAGCAGCGUCUCAGGGACGAGCAGAAGGCUCUCUUGGACCAGCUGCAGCUCGACGAGGAGACGGGAGAGUACAUCCCCAAGCCGCUGGCCAGCAGCGCCCUGACAGCGCCGCCGCCGGCGACCGCCAACCCCCUGGUUGUGAUACAGAAUGUGAACUUCCCAGACGGCGAUGACUCCAUGUCAUUUGACGAAUGUAUGCAGCUGUUGGCAGAGACGUUCCCCCUGGCGGAGGACACCUCCGCCUGCCUGGACAGCAGCGUGCCCCCGGUCCCCAGCAGCGACACCCACAGCCUCAUGCCUUCCAAGCAGCCCGCUCCCCCCCUGGCCUCGCUGUCCCCCGCCCCCGUCAUCGCAGACAGGAGGGGACCAGAGAUGGACCAGGCCUGGAUGGAGCUGUGGUCCCUCCCAGAGUUGCAGCAUUGCCUGAACUUGCAAAUGGAGGACCCCCUGGAGACAUCGGCAUACAUUCCCACGAGCAUCCCCGACGUACAAGAGGGAAACUAUACAUAUUACCCCCUGUCAAACGCCCCCAACGUGGGGCCCAACCCGGUGGAGGCCUGCCCCCCCACCUUCAUCAACGCCUUCGAGGAAGUCUUUCACGAUAUGGUCGCGCCAGAACCAAUGAUGGGGGACGCCAACCUGGGCCCCAAAGGGUUCUGUGGCGAUGCCUUCUACCCCGACCCCGUCCUCUGCCCGCCGGAGGCCGUGGAGGCCAACGUGAUGGAGCACAAAGAAAGCGGCAUUCUGCCAGAGCUACCAAAGAAGCCUCCUUUAAACGCCACGGACGCCCACAGCCACUCGCCCCUGGGAGAGGCGCUGGAGAGGUGCAAGCAGGAGCCCAUGGCCGAGGUCCCCGACUCCGACUCGGGCAUCUCUCUGAACCCCAGCCCCCACGCCAGCUCCCCAGAGAAGUCCGUCUACGGCGACGGCUCCUUCGGUUUCAGCGACAGCGACAUGGACGACUUGGACUACAACCCCGGGAGCGCCGAGUCUGAUUACUCCGAGAUGUUUUCCUUGAACUUCCAACCCGACGACUUCCAGCAGAGUGCGCUCAUGUUGUCCCAGGCGGGGCAGCCGGAGGCCCAGCAGGACAAGAAGCCCAAGCUGCACAACGCCAAGCCCGCGGAAGAGGGCGGACAGAGCGAGGGCCCGUUCACCAAAGACAAGCAGAAGAGGCGCUCCGAGGUGCGUCUCUCCCGGGACGAGCAGCGGGCCCGGGCGCUCCGCAUCCCCUUCACCGUGGACAUGAUCAUCAACUUGCCCGUGGACGACUUCAACGAGCUCAUGUCCAAGCACCAGCUCAACGAGCCCCAGCUCGCGCUGGUGCGAGACAUCCGGCGCCGGGGCAAGAACAAGGUGGCGGCGCAGAACUGCCGCAAGCGCAAGAUGGAGAACAUCGUGGGGCUGGAGUAUGAGCUGGACUCCCUGACAGAGGAGAAGGAGCUGCUGCAGAUGGAGAGGAGCCAGAACGGGAGCAGCCUGCGCAAGAUGAAGCACCAGCUGAGCACGCUGUACCUGCAGGUGUUCAGCAUGCUGAGGGACGAGGAGGGGAAGCCCUACUCCCCGUCCGACUACUCGCUGCAACAGACCACCGACGGCAGCGUGUUCCUGGUGCCACGCACUAAAAAGACACACGCCAAGAGCAAAGACCACAAACCGGCGUCCGCUGAUUAAUAUGGUACUGCAUUAUCAUCGUAGUGAUUAUACUAUGCAAUAACUUUGUAGUUACUCGGCUUUAAGAAUAUGUAGAUCAGCAGUGCUAUUAUAUAGUUAUUGCUUUCUCCUCCCAAAUCUUGUAAUAUUUUUGAUAUUUUACUUCUUUUGUACCGCUUUCUAAUAUUGAGAUUCUUUUCCUAUAUUGUUUGUAAAUAUAAACCUUCCUUGCCGUUCAAAUAUGUAUUGUAUAUAUAUUUUAGUAUUUUAAGAAACUCGUUUCAAUCACUGUUACUUUGUUAAAGCUUCGAUUUGCUGACCCGAUUUUUUUUAAAUCCUUUGGCCUUUCAAUAAACACUUUUCCUACACCACAAUUUAUCGGUGUCAUGUUUUUAUUUUAACGAGACAUUGCGCUGUGGUCCAGUAUUGACAGUUGUAUGAUUAUCGUAUUCGUGCAACCAAUUUGCUCUGUCAAAUUUACAAUUAAUGAUGCCAAAAGUAGCCUACCAUGUUGUACUAAAUCGAUCAUUGUGUAACACUUAUGUCUUAGCUUUUGUAACCUACCAUAAUCUACUCUAGUUUCGACACACAUUGGAAUUCACUAUAUGAAAUCAUAGUUCAAGCAUUACUUUCCACGUUUCGUCUUUCAAGGCAUUCAAGCUUGUGACGAUGAACGUUUCCAGAUGCCUGGUGAAAAGGCUACAACUCCUGCUGUAAUACUAGUUUAGCCUUUGGUUUAAGGGAAAUCUAUGCUUUUGUUUUACAUUUUGGGACUUUUUUUUUAACUCAAUAACACUUGGCUAAAGUUCAAUGUUAUUUUUGUUAUGACUGGUAUACGAACUAUUUUCUAUAAAUACGAUAACGAAGCCUCAGUAACGAUACUUUCCUAUGGUAUUUCUGCUCUCGUGUGACCGCCGCUUUAACCGUCAUCCUUAUCACCAGAUGGACUGGUGGAACUUCUAACACAUGCCUGCUUUCUGGGGAUGUGACGUCACCAAGGAGCGAAUACAAGUAAAGCAAACUCAUAGCAUUGAAUUGAAACUCCAAAGGAUUAAGCCUCUUUAAAGAAUGCAGUCCGUAAAAUAGACCACCUAAUCUUACACAACGGCAUACUCAGUAAGCCACACACCCAUAGCUUAUGGAAAAUACACCCACUGGCAUUUGUGCGAGAACUCGUGUUGAUCUAUGAACUCAUGUGUGAAGCGGGAAUGAGUACUUCACAUUAGUCUACCGGAGGAACCUGUUCACAGGCAGAGCGCUCGAGUGUUUGCCAAUGGCCAACUCUCACCUCACUCAACCUUUGCUCGCCAACUCCAUUUUCCCUUUCCCCCAAACAACCUUUGGUCACAAGCCAAACCUAACUGGGGAGCAGUAGUAUGAUCCAUUAUUACUCUAUGGGCCCUUUAAAGAUAAGACGACCAAAUAAAUUGUGGAUCAGUUGGGCAUGAGUUG